CUUCUUUAAGUGACAUGUGUCAGGGUGGGCAAGGAAGUGUUAAUGGGAGAGUAUUUCCCACCCUCCAGCACUCCUACCAAUAAGCUCUGAGACUGUAGAAAGAGCAGGGAGCUGAAAUCGUAGAAAAAAAACAGAGCAGCUGAGACAGAGAGAGGGAUCUGCAAGAGAAAGCAGUGAGAACCGGAGAGAUAAGGAGACUAUCGGGGUGAAACGUUGCUACGGAGGGAAGAAUCCAGUGGUCUCCUAGCUCUGGUGAUUGUGCCAGAGAAAGAUAGAUGAGAAGAGGAGAGCAGGAUAGAGAAGAACUGGAUACAAAGGGAAAAAGGUUGAGUCUGCCAGCCAGCGAUAUUGAGGGAUACAUAGUCAAAGACUCUCCCCUUUGGAGCCAUCACAAUAGAGGGGCAGCUGCUUCUUCCGAACUCCAUAGAAGAGGAGCCUAGCAGUCUUCUGCACUCUGAAGCAGAAACGGCAGGGGAGGAAAGCGUUUUCUUCCCAACCACCAAAACCAUGACUGUCUGCAAGUCUAACUCUUUAUCCUGCCUGCAGGCUGCCAAGCCGGGCCCGCCGCCACCGCCGCCACCACCGUAUAGUGAGGCAGCCGCAGACUCCACUGCCACACUGAACAAGCUGGCUCUGGCCACCGGUGGUGCAGAGAAGUCCUGGCACCGCUGCGUAUUCCCCUUCGGAGCCGUGGCCCUGGUGAUAGGCAUCGCCGCAACGUGCAUCACCUUCAAAUUCCGAGGUCCACACAUGGAUAUCGCUAAGGCAGUGUCCGUGGCAGCUCUGGCUGCUGGGGCAGCAAUGCUGGUAGCUGCAUUUCUUUGCUGGAGGUCUCGGCGGGAGCGACAGAAGAGGAGAAGAGAGGAGGCAGAAGCAGAGGAGCAAGGGGGUCUGUGAUCACCUUUAGAGAACACCGGGAUAGACUGCUAGACUCAUCAGCACGGGGCAAACUGUACAAUGUGUGUGUGCUCCGGCCAAAGCGGCAAUAUGGGACCUGGCCAUUUAGCAUCGCGGUGGGGACAUUUUACCAUGUCUGAGUAGAAUCAACCACUCUGCCCUCAAAGAGGUGCAUUCAUGUCCAUCGGAUUUGCAUAUGAUUGUACCUACCAUCAUUCUCAGAAUAAAUUAGAAUAACAAAAUUUAGAAAACAGUCCCUCUCUCUGAAUAAUCGAGGGGGACAUUACCUACAAAAUUCUUCAACUCUUCAGAAUGUCAUUUAGAAUGUUCUUGCCUUAGUUAAGGCUCCAAACUCGUGAUUAAGAAAACAAAAAACCUCAAAGCGAUCUCUGUGGUUGGAAGUGAAUGCAUCUCUUUCAGGGGACAUGGCGGAUGGGACUACUAUAGACUACAAAUCGGGAGUGCCUUAUUGCCCUUGAAUUUGGGUAGCUGUCUGUCUGUCCUUCCUGUAAACACACACACUAGGUGGACCAACACUCUUUUGGCUCAGCUCACCCCCUCUGUAAUCUCCAGCUUUCUCAGAAGUGGCCUUAAUUCCUCUUAUCUAAGGGGUGUUUGGACUGAGUAUGUGGUACCCCCAGUAUGUAACCUUCAUGGUGGAUUGGAGAAGGGGAAGUGGACAGUAUUCUGAAGGAUCCAUAUAAAAAAAAUGGUUUUGGCUAACCUGAGGACAUUGUGAUUGUCAUGUAAUGUCUGUCCUUUGUAUGCACAAACAAUACAUAUUCUGGGGACAGCUAAUCGUGUGUGGGUUGAUAUCCCUGUUUCCAUAAAUCGUUAUGUGUCAAAUCUUGUCUUUAGUUAACUGUCUCUUUUAUAUCUUGUGUAUCAGCAAUCCCAGAGGGACUAGCAGCAAAGCAACAGUAGCAAUAACAUGAUCAAUGAGUACAGGACUAGGCAGCCUCUUAUCUCUCCAAAAGAUACGGACUACAAAUGCCAACAUGCACAGGCAACCAGCAUCAGAAGUUGGCCGUCCAGCAGUAGAUGAGUACACAUUAAUUUAUUUUUUUUCUUCAUAGUUUGUAUUUGCUUUUAAGGGACCAAAAUUUUGUUAGUGAGGGAGAAGGCAGGCUUUAUAGCAAGACAAAAGAAAAGUAUAGUCUCAGACUUGUGGCAUAUAACAGGUUAAUUUCCAGAAGAUAAAACCAUCUAUUAUGAGCAGAACGGACAAAAAAAAUAAAUACAUAUACAUACAUAUAUAUACAUUUAUAUGAGUCUGCUAUUGUUGAUAGGCGGUAAGAACUAAGUAGGACUUCUGACAUUCAAGCGAAAGGUUUGCUGGUGUAAAAAUAGCCUGGCAACUGGGUAAUGAAUGAAUCACUGGGGUAACAAUGUCACAAGUACAACUUCCUGAAUGGGCUAUUUGUGAUGUUAUUUGAAAAGGUCUGGGCCUUGGAAUUCUUCUCACUCACAGUGGGAGGCUAACUGAACAAAUUCACAUUUUUCGCAUGGAAAC